AUGUUCGCGAAUGCAGCAGUAGAAUACGCGAAGACCAACCCAUUGAACGAUGACAACAAGUUGGUGGAGUAUCUGGACACGAUGAUUGAAAAGAUGGCGGAGGAUUUUGCAAGCAUGGAAAAGUUUUCGUCUGAGUAUUUUCGCUGGGCCCAGGUUUGUAUCUUUCUUCGUGCAAGUUACGAGGUUAAGGAUCCUAGUCACAAAAUGGUGAAGGAAGAGGCCACGCAACACCUCAUUACCGAUCAUUUCGGUCGCCUUCACGAGUCCAAGCCACGUCAGGUCUGGCUUCGUCACAAGUAUAACCCGUCCCUGACCAAGUAUGACUGCGGCAGAGAGCUCAUGGAGAUCCCAUUCUGCCAGGCGGUUGAUGCUAUUGGAGAUGCUCCCUAUGGAAUCUCCUCGGCAUACCACCCAACGAGUCCUGGACACAAUAUGCGCCUGGAGCUGGUGGUCGGAAUGCAGUCUGCGGCGGAUCGGCCGAUCAAGUUCCCUAUUGAUACAGCGCUUAACUUGGGAACGCUGCGUGUCAAGCGCGAAGCUGAUCGAACGGAGAUUUCCUCGAGCGGCGCGAUCUCAAUUGAGUGCAACUGGAACGAGCUGGAGUUGACGAGCGACGAAAUCGAGAGCAUACUGGCGCGGGUUCCAAGCCAAAGCAGCGUCCACCUGGUCAUAAUGCAACGCAUUCCGAAUGUUCGUCAUCCGGAAGACCUGCUCUGGAAGAAGAACGUAAUGGAGAUGCUGGAGGGUCUGAAGCAUCAGCACAGCGCGCAAGUCUUUGCCCUUGCAGAGGACGUGGUGGUCAUGUCCUCCACAAACGAGUACUGUGCAGUCGAAUGCUCCAAGUGCAACCCAGACAAGCUCAUUCUCUUUCUCCAAGUGGUGAACAUGAUGCCACAAGAAGUGAUCGACCGCGCGCGUCGCUGGCAGUAA